AGAAAAGAAUAAUGAAUCACUUUAACUGCAUAAAGAAAUAAGAUAAAAUGAGAAGAUCAUACAGAAGUAUUUUAUUUGCAAACUCACCCAAAGCCGUUUACAAUUUAAGCCGAAUAUUUACACAACAGAACCCUAGCCAACACAACAGAAGCCUUCCUUACAAGAACCCAACAGACCAACUAACGGAUGAAGGAACUGAUUGGGUAGUGAUAUGGGUGAAGCAGAUAACAAACUAGCCAGACUGCAUUUUCAGUUUGGAUGACUUCAUCUAGG